AGCUUCGUCCUCCCAAAAACAAAAAACUCCCUACACACAAAAGAGAGAGAAAACAGACGAUGAUGAUGAUGAUGCAGAGCGUAGGUGUAAGGGCGCCCCUCAAGAUUACCCCUAUGUCGUAUGAAUUUUCGUUGACAAGCCAUUGAAGACCUUCGAGGUGCUCUGGAUCUCUUUCGUUUUCUUUUCUUUUUAUUUUGCGCUCUGUUUUGCAAUCUUUUUGCCACCUAUUCAUUCUCCUGGAGAUUCGUUAAUCGGAAAUGCUCUCAUCAAUGUAUCGUUUUCGAAUGCUUUGUCUAUGAAUUCUUAUUACCGACGUUAAAUUCGAUGACAUUUGGUUGGAAUGCCCAUUUGGCGUUGAUAAUCUGCGGAUAAUUGAAGAGACUCGUCGGGAUUUUUGUCUUGUGCGUGUUUUAGGGUUCCUUUGAGAGAUUACCGGCGGGUGGUUUUAGCUGUGUCUGAGCUGGAUAGUGAUCAGUGGAGAAGCUGUUUGAGCAUUGUGUUGGGAGUUUAGUUUCGUCGCGUUUGAAUUUUACAGGGUAUUUUUCAUGGGGUAGAUGAGGAAAUUUUUUCGGAAGUAUUUUCAUCCGAGAGGAUGAGGAGAAUGCUUUUCAUGGCGCAAGGUUUGAACAGCGAUUCUCGUUUGAGAUACUGCAUUUGGGUUUAUUCUUCAAAUGGAUGUUUGAUCUGCUCUAGAUUAGCGCCUGAUUCUGCAUCUUGAAUGGCCGAUAGCCAGAAAGCUGGUCUCGCCCAGAGGGAUAUCGAGCAGGCCAUUAUAGCACUUAAGAAAGGGGCACAUUUACUUAAAUAUGGAAGGAGGGGGAAGCCGAAGUUCUGCCCUUUCAGGCUCUCAAGUGAUGAGUCUUUACUCGUAUGGUACUCUGGAAGAGAUGAGAAACAGCUUAAAUUAAGUUUGGUUUCAAAGAUCAUUCCUGGUCAGCGCACUGCAAUAUUCCAGCAGCAUCCACAACCCGAAAAGGAGUAUCAGUCAUUUUCACUCUUGUAUAAUGAUAGAUCAUUGGAUUUGAUAUGUAAAGACAAGGAUGAAGCUGAAGUUUGGUUUGUUGGUCUCAAGGCAUUGAUCACUCGAGGAAACUACCGCAAGUGGAGAGCUGAAUCAAGAUGUGAGAGUGUAUCAUCAGAGAGUCCGCAUAAUCGCUUGCGAAGGAAUUCUCCGUCCAUUACACCAUGUGAUUCUGGAGAUCUUGAUGGGGUUCCUUAUGAAAAUAUUGGACAGAACAGACUAGGGAAAGCAUUUUCUGAACUGCUAUCAUACACUGCAGUUUCCAAGUGUACUAACCAACCCAAGUCGAUUUCCAAUCCUUCUCUAUCUUCUCCACUUUUAGAUAACUCAAAUGGCCGAAUUUCUGCAUCUGAGGGUUUUCGAGUUAGUUUAUCCAGUGCUGUGAGCUCAUCAAGUCAAGGUUCAUGUCCAGAAGACUUUGAUGCCUUAGGAGAUGUCUAUAUUUGGGGAGAAGGUAUAAGGGAUGGAUUGCUGGGUGGCGGUCCAAAUAAGGUCGGUAGCCAAUGUUCAUUAAACUCCAAGCUAGAUGCUCUGCUACCCAAGGCAUUGGAGUCAACAGUUGUUCUAGAUGUUCAUGGUAUUGCAUGUGGUGGUAGAUAUGCUGUGCUGGUUACCAGACAGGGUGAGAUUUUUAGUUGGGGUGAGGAGUCAGGAGGGAGGCUUGGCCAUGGUGUGGAAGCGGAUGUUUCACAUCCAAAAAUAAUUGAUACUCUCAGUGGCAUGAAUGUCGAAUUAGUAGCAUGCGGGGAGUACCAUACUUGUGCCGUAACAAUUUCAGGGGAUCUUUAUACUUGGGGUGAUGGGACUCAUAAUUAUGGCCUACUUGGUCAUGGUAGUGAAGUUAGUCAUUGGAUUCCUCAAAAGGUAAGUGGUCCGAUGGAGGAGAUUCGCGUAUCUUAUAUCUCAUGUGGAGCAUGGCAUACAGCUGUGGUGACGUCAGCUGGUCAGUUGUUCACAUUUGGGGAGGGUUCUUUCGGAGCCUUGGGUCAUGGGGAUCAUACCACCUCAAAUAUUCCACGGGAAGUGGAAUCUUUGAGGGGGCUUAGAACGAUAAGAGUUGCCUGUGGUGUUUGGCACACUGCUGCUGUUGUUGAAGCAAUUAAUGAACUUUCUGAUUCUGGUACUUCAGCUAACCCUUCAUUUGGAAAGCUUUACACAUGGGGCGAUGGAGACAAAGGCCGGCUUGGACAUGGAGAUAAUGAACCUAGAUUAGUUCCUGAAUGUGUAGCUGCAUUGAUUGGAGAAAACAUAUGUCAAGUAGGAUGUGGCCAUGAUCUCACAGUUACUUUAACAACAGCAGGACGGGUAUAUACAAUGGGGAGUACUGCUUAUGGCCAGUUAGGAAGUGCUACAGCUGAUGGAAAGCUUCCUACUUGUGUUGAAGGUGAAAUUGCCAAUAGUUUUGUUGAAGAGGUUGCCUGUGGUUCUUGUCAUGUUGCAGUAUUAACCUCCAAAGCUGAGAUUUAUACUUGGGGAAAAGGCUCAAAUGGGCAGUUAGGACAUGGAGACAACAAUCACAGAAACACACCUACUAUUGUAGAUGCCCUGAAAGAUAAGCAAGUGAAAAAUGUUGCAUGCGGUUCAAACUUCACUGCUGUUAUAUGUGUUCAUAAGUGGGUAUCAAGUGCUGAUCAUUCUGUAUGCUCUGGUUGUCACAACCCAUUUGGUUUCAGAAGGAAGCGUCACAACUGUUACAACUGUGGUCUAGUAUUCUGCAAAUCAUGCAGCAGCAAAAAAUCUCUGAAAGCAUCUUUAGCCCCAAAUUUGAAUAAGCCAUAUCGGGUGUGUGACGAUUGUUUUAAUAAACUAAAGAAGGCCAUGGAAUCCAUUUCUGUUUCACAAAAUUCUAGAGCCAGAAUCGGAAAUGUGCAUAAUAAAUCUAAUGGUGUUAUGGAUAAAGAGACGUGGGUUCCAAAAUUGCAAGCAACGCUCUCCAGACUUUCAUCUUUUGGUGCUGUCAUUAAUGCUGAAAGCAUGCACUCCAGAUUAUUUUCUCGAGCAACAUCUCCUGUAUUGGGAAUGCCAAGCCCGAUUCGAUCAUCUGAAGACAUUUCAGAGGAUUCUAAGCGUGCAAAUGACAGUUUAGCCCAGGAAAUCAUCAGUUUGAGGGCACAGGUGCAAGAGCUGACUUGCAAGUCCAAAAAUCUUGAAGCUGAACUCGAGAAAACCUCAAAGAAAUUGAUGGAGGUUACUGCAAUAGCUACAGAUGAAGCUGACAAAUGCAAAUCAGCCAAGGAAGUUAUUAAAUCCUUAGCGACUCAGUUAAAAGAGAUGGCCGAUAAGAUGCCAGAGGCUCACAGUGAUAUUCUCAACUCUUGCACUGUUUCUGGGCAAAAUGGUAGUAAUCUCAAUCAGCUUCCCACCGAGAGCCUUUCAAUGAGCAUAAACUCUCGUUUGGAGUCAAAUGGAAUUUCAAAAAGUCAAAACUUACCAACUGGAAACAAAGGACAAAAUGAAAAGGGAGAAUGGGUUGUACAAGACGAACCAGGCGUGUAUAUAACUCUGUCUGCUUUGCCAGGAGGAGGAGGCAAUGAGCUGAAACGAGUUCGUUUCAGUCGAAGACAUUUUACAGAAGCACAAGCAGAGAAGUGGUGGGCGGAAUUUGGAGCGAAGGUUUGCGAGCGGCACAAGGUAAAGAGUACAGAUUAAGAAGUUGUUUGUUUGUGCUGGAACUGAAUUGAGCAGGGAAAGAAAGAAGGCAAGGAGAAGGCAGUUUUCUAUGGAAGACAUUCUUCCUUUCCAUCUUCCAAAUGAUUUUGAGUGGGGAUUGAUCGAUCAGGGCAAUCUAACAUUUAGGUUCAUAUAAUAUUAUUAUUAAUAUUAGAAAAUUGAAAAGUAUAGGCAAGGAAUUAGAAAGAAUUACAAAGCCUUAAGACUUUCUCAACCCUCCCCUUUAGAACAUUACUCUUCUUUCUUGUGCUUCCUUUUGUUUUUUUGUCCAUCCGCUUAGGAAAAGUCCAAAUUGUAAUUAGCCUUUAGCAGGUUUCAAUCAGAAAUCGUCUAUUGCUUUCUGCGGCCAUAUCGGACUUUUUCUGCAGCAACUUUGAUGAAAAAAGCUCACUAACUGUUCAUAAUUGUUUUAUGUUAUUAUUGGUUAUCCCAUUUGUGUUCCUCA